GAAACUCCAGUCAGGUGAGUGAUGGAGCAGCUGCCGUCCUGCUGGCCCGGAGAUCCAAGGCUGAAGAAUUGGGCCUGCCCAUCCUCGGGGUCCUGAGGUCCUAUGCAGUGGUUGGUGUCCCUCCUGACAUCAUGGGCAUCGGUCCUGCCUAUGCCAUCCCUGCAGCCUUGCAGAAAGCAGGCCUGACUGUGAAUGACAUAGACAUCUUUGAGAUCAAUGAGGCCUUUGCAAGUCAGGCCGUCUACUGUGUGGAGAAGCUGGGAAUCCCUGCAGAGAAAGUGAACCCCCUG